CGUCGUCUUCAUUCUUCGUUUCUUUCGCCUGUGAAUUUAUAUCCAAGCAGUAGAAAGCAGAGGCGGAGGAAGUGCAAAGGAGCAUCAUCGUCACUUCGUCGUCCCUCGGCCUCCUCGCGACCUCGAGGAAUCCAGGAAAGAAGUCCUCCUUGGCUAACCCUCCUUCAGAUCUGAUGUCGCCUCCCCGAGAUCCGUCAUCCAGUGAGGGAUUCAUCCUUCUAUUUUGCUCCUUUGGCGACAGAUUCGUCUCGGUUCCAGGGAAUUAAGUGAGCGAUCCUUUCCGUUGAUUCCGGUAUCCGGAAGUUGAUUGACGGUCGAACGCUUGGCUCGUGGAUCGAGGAGUGGAGAUGGGAGAACUGGGGGGGUUCCAGUUAGGGACCGUAGGCGCGCUGUGCCUGUCGGUGGUGUCGUCGGUGUCGAUUGUGAUAUGUAACAAGGCGCUGAUGAGCUCGCUGGGCUUUAUAUUCGCCACUACCUUGACGAGCUGGCAUCUCUUGGUUACCUUCUGUUCUCUUCAUGUGGCAUUGCUGCUAAAACUAUUUGAGCACAAACCUUUUGAUCAGAAGGCUGUCAUGGGUUUCGGAAUUCUAAAUGGAAUUUCCAUAGGUCUAUUAAAUUUAAGCCUAGGCUUCAAUUCUGUCGGUUUCUAUCAGAUGACAAAACUGGCAAUCAUUCCUUGUACUGUCUUCUUGGAGACUGUCUUUCUGUCAAAGAAGUUUAGUCGGAGUAUCCAACUCUCACUCUCUGUCCUCCUAUUUGGUGUUGGAAUUGCAACUGUGACUGAUCUGCAGCUUAAUUUGCUUGGAUCUGUACUAUCUGUUCUAGCAAUUGUUACAACUUGCAUUGCACAAAUCAUGACAAACACAAUACAAAAGAAGUUCAAGGUCUCUUCUACGCAACUUUUGUACCAAUCUGUUCCUUAUCAAGCUUUAACACUCUUCAUAUCUGGUCCAUUUCUUGAUGGGCUCCUGACAAACCAGAAUGUUUUUGCAUUCAACUACACUCCUAUAGUUAUGUUGUUCAUUGUGCUUUCAUGCAUAAUAUCAGUAUCAGUCAACUUCAGCACAUUUCUUGUGAUUGGAAAGACAUCACCUGUGACAUAUCAAGUUCUAGGUCAUCUCAAAACAUGCUUGGUUUUGGCAUUUGGUUAUGUCUUACUUCACGAUCCAUUCAGUUGGAGAAAUAUAUUCGGGAUCUCAGUUGCAAUUGUUGGUAUGGUUUUGUAUUCUUAUAUAUGCACAAUUGAGGGCCAGCAAAAAGCUCGUGAAGCGUCAUCCCAAAUGCUACAGGUGAAAGACGAUGAGACUGAACCUUUGAUCAGGGUGGAGGCUGGAUCUGCGAUAAACAGCAACGGUCCUUUGCCGACAUCAGUAUGGAGCUCCGACAAAGAUCUGCAAGCCUAAUUUCUCCUGCCGAUCUCAAUUCUUGCUAGUGUCAUGAUAUCUAGUGGUUGGAAAGAAGACACCAACAUUCUUCCACGAGUUAGGCAGCGGCUCUGCAUUCAAUCUGGAAGGAGCUGAUUUACACAAAUUCAGGUAUUCUUAUCGAGAUUUAUAUCAGAUAUUAGUAUAGAAUGCCAAUUGUUUUUCCGCACUUGUAGCUGAAAAUAUUUACUGCUACGCUCCAAAAAAUGAAUCGAGAACGAUCUGGUUAUUGUUCAAUUUGCUAUUUGUUUGCUUCUUGAAAAAAAGGUUGUGUGAUGAUUCAAGUUUGUUA